AUGGGAGAACAUAAGUUUGGAUCCUAUCACCUGAAAUGGGCAACCUGGCAAGGCCUAUUGGAAGUGAAUUCUGAGAACUUUCAUGCCAACAGAAAAUUUACAUCUGACAGGAAUCCAAGUUCUCUUGAGCAUAGGGGGGCAACAAUUCACAAAGAGUGCCAGAAGUUUCAAGGCUUAUAUGACGAGGUUGAGCAUCUUCAUCCUAGUGGAGUGCCAAGAAUUUUAUUAGGUGCUGCAUCAUUGUUGGUACAAGCUGCUGCAUCUUUGAUAUUAUUAGGUGCUGCAUCUUCGAUUUCAGUUACUAGAAGCUCAAAAAUGUUGCUAAAAGCUGCUGCUGCAUCUUUGGUUUCAGUUGCUAGAAGCUCAAAAUGCAUAUGCAGAUGGAAAGAAGGGGUUUCCUUUCCUUCAUUGUUGGCUGAAGAUUAG